GUCGCCGGGACCCCAGGCCUCUGAGGCCGCACUUCCCGCUCGCAUGGGGGACAAGGAACUGGUGGUGGUGUUUGGAGCCACAGGUGCUCAGGGAGGCUCCGUGGCCCGGACGCUGCUGGAAGAUGGGACAUUCAGGGUUCGAGUGGUGACGCGGGACCCUAGGCAGAAGGCGGCAAAGGAGCUGAGGCUGCAGGGUGCAGAGGUGGUACAGGGAGACCAGGAUGACGCGGCCAGCAUGGAGCUGGCCCUGACUGGGGCCCACGCUGCCUUCAUUGUGACCAACUACUGGGAAAACUGCAGCCAGGAGCAGGAGGUCAAGCAGGGGAAGCUGCUGGCUGAUCUGGCCAAGCGCCUGGGCCUUCACUACGUGGUCUACAGCGGCCUGGAGAACAUCAAGAGGCUGACGGCCGGAAGACUGGCAGCCGGCCACUUUGAUGGCAAGGGGGAAGUGGAGGAAUAUUUCCGGGACAUCGGAGUCCCCAUGACCAGCGUACGGCUGUCUUGCUAUUUUGAGAACCUCCUCUCCUACUUCCUGCCCCAGAAAACCCCUGAUGGAAAGAGCUACUUGCUGAACGAGCACACCUGUUACUUCUCCUUCAGGAGUAAAGAGAGGAUUUGGAAGAUCAGGACCAGUAGUAGGUUUCACAAAGUAGGAAAGCACUUUCUUCUCAAUCUGUAAAUGGGCUGCCUAGAGCCUUUGACGGCUCGUGUCCUGUGGCUGGCCAGCAUCCUCAGCCGGCCACCCCUCCCCCAUGCGAGGACAGCAGGGUCAGGCGGUCUGGGCCUAGUGUUGGCUCGCUGGCAUUGCCCUUUAGUCUGCUGAAUCGGCCGGGGAUACCGCUCGUGUUCCAUCCCUGGCUGAGCUCAGUGAACGAGGUCUCUGGCUAACCUGAAUGGGCAGCUGCGGAGGCCCCUUCUCAUGGGUGAGGAAUGUGGCAGGACCCACCAGACCACCUUGGCAGGUCAAGUCACCCACCAGUUCCACCCAUUUAGGGAGAACCUGCCACGUGCAGCUCUGGGUCAAGGCCUCGGCACUCCGGCAUUCCUGUUAGUGUAGUCGGCUUUCCACGUCAGGAAUUCCAGAGGCCACAGAGUGCAAUGGGGCCGGCAGCUUGGGAGGAGCCCCUUCGUUUCCUUCCUGUUCCUGUCUUGGCCCCAAGAGGGUGGGCAGACCUGGCGUCCGCCCCGCUCUAAAUGGAGCAACCGGAGCUCAGGGGGUAAAUAGGGGCCACGGUGGCAGAGCUUGGAUCGCAUCCCGUUUCCUGACUGAACCCUACUGCUGCUGCUCGUACACCCCAGACACCAGGACCACUGACCUGUGCACGUGUCCUGGCAGUGGGCUGGCGGGACACCCCUCCUCCUCCCUCCCACCCCC